AUGGCAGUGCGCUUUGCUUCCGUGCUUGCCUGUGGCUUCCUGCUGACUGCCCUGGCAGUCCGACCAUCGUUGGAGCAUCACCACCAUGACAAGAAUGCACAUGUGAAGGACAUGCAUGUUCACCAGAACUUGAAAUCCAAGAGUGGCGAGGAGAAGAAAUGCUGUGCAAAUUGGGUUGACGAUGAGAAGAUUGAGUACUGCUGGGCCACGACAUCAUGCUUGGAAUGGGGCCAGAACAGUGACGACAGAGACUACAGCACCGUGGACGACGACCACUGCAAAGCCGCAAGUGAUUGCGCGUGGGGUCUGGAGCUUUCGCGGACGCAGCAUUCUGCAACCAACUUGGGCCUUGGGGUCAUGCAUCUGGGGCCGGAGGCCCUGGAACCCGCACGGAGGUGCCCGGUGGGUGGUUUCAUCCUUGCGAAAGAUGUCAACCUGGGGUCAAAAGCUCGAUCAUUCCGCAGCUUGCAGUGCCUCAGACACUCGCAUGCCACAAAGAUUGAAAGAGCCAUGGGCCGUAGUUUGCCAGAGAUCCAUGCGGAGCUGCGAGCAGCUCUCGAGGGAGCUCCUCCUCCGCAGGGUCGUGAUUGGCUCGAGCGGAUCAAUACAGCACAAGAGUUCGUCAGAAGUCUGAACUUCGAAGAUGCAGAUAUUGUAUCAAUCAAGGAUUUCGCUGUCGCAUGUGUCCAGAAGUGGAAUCAUGACCAUCUUGAAUUUAACAGGCAGUUGGGCUUAGAGUGCGGCAUAGAGGGAGCUCAGGCAAUGGCACACCAGCUCGGAUGUCUCUUGGAACCGACUCAAGAGGAAUUACUUCCUCCGGAUGAGCCAACAGAUUGGCGGAUUUGGGAGAUUUUUGCAGCUGCCCAGAUCCAGCAGAGGCAGUUCUGCAUUUUGACUCAGUAUCAGUAUGUGAUGACAUCAAGCUGCAAACUGCCAGAAAACAGUCCCGUGGUACAAGCAAUUCAGAAAUUUCAAGGCCUGCAAGCAUCCUUCCAGCAGGCGCACUCUCACUUGGCCAGCCACAUGCGUAUCAGCUCAGAGCUCGAGACCAAGCUGACCAAUUUUGAGAUAAGACUCAGUCAGUUCCUCGAUCACGGUUCGAUUAACGGUUUGAUCGGCUUGUGCGAACUCUCGAAUUGGGCCACGAUAGUCAAGAAUGUCCAAUGGAUGCAGCUGCGUUGCCAAUGGCUUUCCGCCGAAGCUUCCGAGAUCGCCGCUGAAGUGGCAAAGUGCACUGCCACCUCUGAGGCCGACUCCCGUUCCUGGAGUGUCAUCUCACCAAAUCCAAGUGGUCAGGUGGCUGCCAUGCCACACGACACUGUCGGAGAGCUUGGGAGCGUGGCAUCUGGCUACUCGUUGGGUAGCGAGAGAUCCUACUUGUCGGGAAGUGGUGGCCCACACUGCUUUUUGCCCUCGCACCUCUUCAAGGUUCUCCUGCCUGGAGAGGAAUUUCCUUCCUCGGUAUCAGCAAAGGACCUCCAAAGCGGCACCAAAAUCCUUGCAGCAGAUGGUGUCCCGAUAGAAGUGGUCAAGGUGGAGGAGCAGCAGACCGAUGAACUGCUGGAAUUGGAGAUUGAUCAUGCCUCGCCUUUCACCACGACCCCCAGUCACCGCAUCAUGGUGCCAUCGGAUGGCAAAGACAAGACGGUAAUGGCGAAGGAUCUGAAGCUCGGAAGCUGGAUCAUGUGCAGUGAUCGCAUGGCCAAGAAAUUGAUCGCAAAGAAGGAGUAUCUGGUGGAAGAGCAGAAGGUGCUGGCCAUCACUUUCCAUCCCGACAAGGCAGUGGCUUGCGAGGAGCCGGUGGUCUUGAGCAAGGGCCACCCCACGAAAACCAUGCGCCGGGGCGGCAUGUGCCAGCGAGGUCUUCGGCAGGAGAUGAUGAGCAUUCCAGAUACGGUCUUAGAGACCUACCUGCGGUUUCGUGGCCGACGUUAUGAUCGCCAGCGACAGGAGGAGUUGUGCCAGCCGCGGCGCAUCAAGCCACCUGCAGAUCGCUGGAGCUCAGGACGCAGAGAAGUCCUAGAGAAGGAACAGUUGGAAGAUCUCUUGAAGCGAUUGGCAGGGCCCAAAAGGGGCAAAGCCACCGAUUCUGGGGAGCUCAUCGCCCUGCACUCGUCCAAGCAGGAGCUGGUGCAGCGCCGCGUCCAGGCGAAGGAUGUCGAGGCCACCUUCGCGCGGCUCUCGGCGCCCAAGACGGCGCGCGGGUACGAUCCGACGCCUGGGGAGAAGGUUUGCCUGAUGUACAACCAGACCAGCCAAAGGCAGCGGCCCCGUUUCCAAACCACCUGGGCCACGUCUGUGAAUUUUCUGGCCCUGUGGCAAUUUGAGAUAAUUUGA